AUGUUCGUGCCUUCUCGUGAGCUACGCAGGCAAUGCACCAACGAUGUGGCCAUCUUGAUGGAGUCGAUCGACCGCCAGCUUUAUGGCGAGAAUGCUUCUUUGUCUGCCCUAGACUCGCCGUCCGUGUCGGCCUCGGAUCGUACCUCGCCCUCGGCGCAACCAACCCCGACCAUGUUCCGCAAGAGCUCCUCUAAUGGCACUGAUCCAGAUAAUGAUCCCACCCCGCGUCCGAGUUAUAGCCUGCAAGGAACACAUUUUUUCGGUUUAGAAAGUUCCAGGAUGGCACCCAGCAACCAGCGCUUUUCUGAUCGCGAGCACUUUCAACGCUCCAUAGAUCGCGAAGGCACGCAGGCUGCCCUCUCGGCCGGUCGGGCCUCGCCCAGUCUCCUCAACGCCAUUGUGCAGGAUGAAUGUCGCCAGUGGCGAACCGAGUUUCCUCAUCUCCGUUUGCAGGGUCACCAAAUUGCUCCUGUUCGCGAGUCUGGUAUUGUCAUGAUCGUCCCACAUGCUUUGCCCAAGACCACUGGUGCCAAUGGCCCUCGCCAAUCGACGUUCUCUCCUGCGCAUGGCCGGACCACACCUCGCGGUCACGAGCCGACACAGCACGCCCAAAAUCUUUGCGUACUUGGAAAACCUUGGACCGUCUCCGGGCCACGCGUCUCUCAGGAACCUGGCCGGGACUACGCUGCAUUUGACUUUUAUUCGUUUGAGAUCCCGCGUCCGGGGCGCCGACAGCGAUCUUCCUGGGAUCACGCCGUUGACGAGGCCCUUGAGAACUCGCGAUGGUCUCCCGGCCAGCCGUCCCACCGACAUCCUGGCCGUCGCUACUGGGUGCCCCUGGUGCCCAGCGGUGAUGCUUCAUCAAACACUUCAAGCUUUGGCGCUACACGCCCACCGACCUUGGCGUGGGCCGAAGACCCCGACGAGGACCCGGUGCUGGAGCAGGAAGGCUACUAUGAAGAAGUUUUUGCCUACGAUCAAACCGAUCCCCAUCCAGAUCCUGACGAACAAGAUCGCACGCUUAUCGUGGGUCAGCUUUUCGAGCACAUCUGGCCUGCGCUUGUACAGCGGCUGCGUCCCAUUUUGGCGCGGGUGGCAUCGUCAACGCCAACGCCAGGGCUUCAAAACACACUUCGAAUGUCGUUCCGCGACGAGCCAUGGCAGCAGUCCUUUGACAGUGACAUGGCGCAGGUCAUGACAUUUGAAUCGGGUGAUUCGAGCGACGAUGACUCCUCCCUUUAUGCCAGUCGGCGUUCCCACCGUUCCUCCCUUCACAACAGCAGUCAUGCCCACCCUCUGGCGGGACUUCGUCGCUUUGCUGCUGAGCGCCGCGCCAAUCAAAUGCAGGGGUCGAUUGUGCCUUCUCAUCGACCGGUGCCCAGGCACAGCCGCGCUCUCAGUCCCACAAAUGAGACAUCAGAUGCUGAUGAUGAUUUUUUGCUGACACACGUUGCGCGUCAGCCCGAGAACAUACCGACGCGUCGGUCUGGCAAUUCACGUCGAACGUCGGCCGAGUUUGCGCGGGACCACCGGGCAGCGGCCUUGGAACUCCAGAGCCUGUCAAUGCUGUCCCUCUCUGACAACCGGCCUUUAGGGGUGCGACGGGCUUCCCAGGGCAUGGAUGUCCUCACUGUGCGGCAGGCGGACGCCGAUACGAUGAUUCCGGCUCUGGAGCCACGCAGCAGCCCUCUGCCGCACCCAGGCACUUCAACGACCCCGCGGCCACGUCGAAGAAGUCGCAUUGGGCAGCCAGCUCUGUCCUCGGACCAGGCCCAGGUGAAUCUGAUGCGGACUGGAGAUGGGCAAUCACCUAGUCCCGUGGGGACGCCGGGUCCCUCG